AUUUCGCUCUCGGACAAAAGAUCUAGUUCAGUUUCAGUCUAGCAGUCGCGAUGGCCACUUGUAUCAAGUUAAAUACAGCAAUUUUGUUGCUGUUUGUAAUCCUUAAAGUGUUGAUCGCUGGAGUAAAUGGUGCAUGCGAUGGAACUUGUGUUCCGUUGAACCAAUGCGCAGAUGACAAUUUUGGAGGUGAACAUUUUUUUGACAUAAGGUUUCAAGAAGAUGCUGAUUGUGAAGAUUACCUGAGAGUGUGCUGCCAAAAUGUUAUUCCUCCGUCAACAGGAGGAGAAGGAAAACCCAUAAAUCCAACCUCGGCCAAUCAAACAAAUGAACCUCCAAUUUUCAACGAUUGUGGAACCCGAAAUAUGGACGGGGCUGGCUUUAGAAUAACUCACGCGACUCAGGGUGAAACCGAGUUUGGCGAGUUCCCCUGGAUGGUUGCUCUAUUUGCUGGCGACAGCUACGUCUGUGGCGGUUCACUGAUUAGACCGAAUGUUGUCGUGACCGCAGGUCAUUGUGUGUUCAGUAGGCAGAACGAGCGUCUCGUAGUACGCGCUGGGGAGUGGGACUCCAAGACUACGGAUGAGGUGCUGGCUUUCCAGGAGCAAACUGUGUCCCAAGUUAUCAUCCACGAGAAUUACCACCAAAAGUUUCUGUUCAACGACAUUGCCCUUCUUGUUCUCGAAAAAUCGUUUCUUCCCGACGAGCACAUCCAGCUGCUGUGUCUUGCUCCCCAGGGCAAGUCCUUUGAUGGCAAGGAAAACUGCAUCGCCACCGGUUGGGGCAAGGAGCGAUUCGACUCGCCGAGCUAUCAAAACAUUCUCAAAAAGGUUGAACUGCCCAUCAUGGAUCACGAAAACUGCCAGUCCGCAUUCCGUAAAACUCGCCUCGGAGCAACCUUCCAACUGCACCGAUCGUUCAUGUGUGCCGGCGGAGAGGAAGGAGUCGAUACGUGCACCGGCGAUGGAGGAUCUCCGCUGGCCUGUCCGAGCGCUGAAAACGGUAACCGGUACCAGCUGGCCGGAAUAGUGGCUUGGGGAAUCGGUUGUGGUCAGGCUGGAGUUCCGGGAGCAUACGCGAAGGCUAGUUUGCAUACUGAAUGGAUUGAUCGCAACAUUGAUGAUCCAAGUGAUUAUUGAUUUUGGGCUCCUGAAUCAUGUAAAGAGGUGAUCCAUCUUAAGUUUGCUGUAAAUCUUGCUAAAACUAAAAUCAUAGCUAAUCUAACAGAAAUCAUCUGAUUAUCUUGAGAAAAAGUUAAAUCAAAAAUAAAGUGACACGUUAAUUGCUUAGAAAUUAAAAAUUUCAUUUUACUGACAAAACGUGAAUCACGUUGUUUAACCAGAUCUGAAGCCGAUUCCUCAUCGCAACGGUAAGAAUUGUCCACUGGAAUCGUUAGCUUUCCUGCCCUUCGCGGUAGGCUACGCGUCCGCGGGAGUUUGCGGUGUGUUUAUCAC